CGCUCAGAGCGCUCAAUGUCGGAACGUUCCGAAGAUGACGUCGGAGCGUUCUCGAAUCCCGUGUCUCUCGGCUGCUGCUGCCGAAGGAACAGGGAAAAAGCAACAAGAAGGAAGAGCAAUGGCGACACUGGAUCGCAAAGUGCCCAGUCCGGAGGCGUUUCUGGGCAAACCCUGGUCCUCCUGGAUCGACGCCGCCAAAUUACACUGCUCCGACAAUGUAGAUUUAGAAGAGGCUGGAAAAGAGGGUGGAAAAAGCAGGGAGGUUAUGAGGCUUAAUAAAGAAGAUUUAAACUGUGCAGAAACAACCCAGUAUCACAUUCAAGAGGAUGGAUCAGGAGCCACUUCUGUACCAGAUAUGCACUUAUUUGGCCAUUACCCAGCACAUGACGACUUCUAUCUCGUAGUGUGCAGUGCCUGUAAUCAGGUCGUCAAGCCACAGGUUUUCCAGUCGCACUGCGAGAGAAGACACGGUUCUGUGUGCAGACCUUCUCCCUCGCCAGCGUCCCCGGCCUCCCACCCCAGGACAUCGCUAGCACAGGUGAAGAUGAAAGCCUGUGGGAGCGGCCAUAGCUCUGCCAGCAGCACCUCAAAGCCAUUCAAAACGCCCAAAGACAAUCUCCUUACCUCCAGCAGCAAGCAGCACACAGUCUUUCCCGCUAAGGGAUCGCGGGAUAAACCAUGCGUUCCAGUUCCCGUAGUCAGUUUAGAGAAAAUCCCUAACCUAGUGAAGGCAGAUGGUGCCAAUGUCAAAAUGAACUCUGCAACCACUACUGCGGUCACCUCUUCCUCCUCCACCUCCUCCUCCGCCACUGCUGCCGGCUCCACCCCACCUGUAAUUAAGCCCGUCCUGAUGUCCAAGUCAGUGCCGCCUUCACCAGAGAAGAUCCUAAAUGGCAAAGGAAUUCUGUCAGCCACCAUAGACAAGAAGCACCAAAAUGGCACCAAAAACAGCAACAAGCCUUACCGGAGACUUUCAGAGAGAGAAUUUGACCCAAAUAAACACUGUGGAGUAUUGGAUCCCGAGACAAAGAAACCUUGCACAAGAUCCCUCACCUGCAAGACACACUCACUAAGCCAUCGGAGGGCAGUCCCAGGCCGGAGAAAGCAAUUUGACCUCCUCCUGGCAGAACACAAAGCCAAGUCCAGAGAGAAAGAAGUCAAAGAGCAUCUCCUGACUUCCACAAGGGAAAUACUUCCAAGCCAACCCGGGCCGGUGCAGGACUCGCUGCCAGGAUCUUCAGGGAGCUCUGGGCCAGAACUGAAAGUCACAUCCCCUGCAAAAUCCAGGCCACCUAACUCUGUGGUACCCAGACCCUCAUCUGCAAAUAGCAUAAGCAGCAGCGCAUCCUCAAAUCACAGCGCCUACACUCCAGAGCCCCCUCUGCCCCCAGUUGGAGCGGACCUCGCCAGCCGGCUGUCCAGUGAUGAAGGGGAAAUGGAUGGAGCCGAGGAAUCUGAGAAGUUAGAUUGCCAGUUCUCCACGCACCACCCCAGACCUCUCGCGUUUUGCUCAUUCGGGAGCCGCCUCAUGGGACGAGGGUACUAUGUGUUUGAUAGAAGAUGGGAUCGUUUUCGAUUCGCGCUAAACUCCAUGGUAGAAAAACACUUGAAUUCACAGAUGUGGAAGCACAGAAGCCCGAGCCACCGGGCAUCAGGUCCCUCCCCCCUGUUCAGGACUUGCCUAACCAAUCUGCUGUCACUGAGCAACAUUGGGGCUGCCUGGGUGUCAACUCUGGAGAGCGUAGCACCCCGCUGCCCUCUCGGCCUCGCUGCCCAAACCCCAGGCCCCGACGGGCCCGAACCUGGAGGGAUGGCAGCCGAUGGGGGCGUGGAAGACAUUAGGAAGAAAAAGAACGGCCAAGACUCUUUUUUCUUUAACAAGCAUUUAACUCUGCAUCAGGAGACGCCAGCACAGUAUUCUCUUUCAGCCAGGAAGAUCCCUCCCGCGGCAGAUAGCCCCAUGCCCUCGCCAGCAGCUCACAUCUCCACCCCCGUGCCAGCAUCCGUUUUGCAGCCUUUCAGCAACCCCGGUGCUGUGUAUCUUCCUUCAGCUCCCAUCAGCUCGAGACUCGCCUCUUCUUACAUAAUGACAUCCGCCAUGCUCUCAGACGCAGCUUUUGUGGCAUCGUCGGACCCACGCGUCCUCAUGUCCCACACCACAGCUUUCCCUCAUGUGGCCGCAACCCUCAGCAUCAUGGACUCAACCUUCAAGGCCCCGUCCGCCGUCUCCCCGAUACCAGCCGUCAUCCCUUCCCCGUCCCACAAGCCAUCCAAAACCAAAACCAGCAAAUCCUCAAAAGUCAAAGACCUGUCCGCCCGUAGCGACGAGUCUCCAAGUAACAAAAAGAGGAAGCCGCAGCCUUCGACUUCCUCCUCCUCCUCCUCCCUGUCCUUGCAGACCUCCCUUACGUCUCCACUGUCAGGGCCCCACAAAAAGAACUGUGUUUUGAAUGCCAGUUCCGCUCUGAACUCCUAUCAGGUGGCCCCUCCCUAUACCAGUCUGCCUGUGCACAGCUCCAACAAUGGGGUGAGCCCACUCAGUGCCAAGCUGGACCCCUCAGGACGGACCUCGAUGCCCGGCGGCCCCGCGGACAUAGCGAGACAGGUGGGCACGGCGGGCGGCAGCAGUGACUCCUGUCCCCUCUCUGUGCCCUCCCUCGCGCUCCACGCGGGGGACCUCUCUCUGGCCUCACACAAUGCCGUGUCUUCUCUGCCCCUCUCUUUUGACAAAUCAGAAGGAAAAAAGCGUAAGAACUCGAGUGCUAGUAGCAAAGCCUGUAAAAUCACUAAAAUGCCUGGUAUGAAUAGUGUUCACAAAAAGAACCCACCCAGCCUUCUUGCACCGGUGCCCGAUCCCGUUAACAGCACCUCCUCUCGGCAGGUUGGGAAAAAUAGCAGCCUAGCUUUGUCACAAUCCAGUCCUGCAAGCAUCCCCAGCCCAGGACACAGCCGACAGAAGAACACAAACAGAAUGGGCAGGAUAAGGACUCUUCCAUAACAAGACUAUGAAGCCACUUCCAAACCAGUACCUGGUCGUGACCGGCACCAGGCGGCCACACAGCAGGAGGAGGGAGGGGAGUGGGCAUAGGGGAAUGUGUUUCCUGGACCCUGCCUGUGCUCUGGCCUUUCUUCUCCUCCUCCUCUUCUUCUUCUUCAUUUUAUUUUUUCUUAAUUGACAAACUUUUAGUUUUGAAGAAAAAGGCAAAAGAAUAUGAACUUGAGAUUUACAGAAAACAAUACCAGUGUUUUCUUCGUUGUUUUCAUUUGCCAUGUUUUUACAUUCUUCCAAAUGUAGGUGUCCCCGCCCCAGCUCCUGAUGCUACUACUGCACAGUCACCUUGCUCGGGUCCUGAGGGCAGAGGUCACAGAAUGUCAGUUCCAGGUUGGCACCGUCUGAAGCUCUUGAACUUCAGCUCAUGCAGAGCUCUUUCCCUUCCUCAUCUUCUCCUGCCCGUUUACUUCCAUCCCUACCUGCCACUCACACUGGCUAUCAGAGGUCGCUAGCUGCCCCCAGCCCCCUUGGGACAGCCUCUUGGGGAGGGGAGAGUGGAGGACAGGCAGGGUGCCCUCAACAGGCUUCCACAGUUCCCCUUGGCUGGGCCCAACAGAAAUAGGGCCGUUUAAUGAUGUGAUCUGCCCACCACCACCACCAACCGGCUGUGCUGCUCAGCAAAGAUCCACCGGGUCAGGCAGAUGCAGAGGGGCCCGGGAGGGUGGCAGGAAUUAGAGCAUGGGGACAAGAUCCCUUAAAAGAUGGUAGGAACCAGGUGAUUAUGUGGCCUGCGCUUGUUAGGAAUCCACUGUGCAGCAUCCGUUCCAAGGCACAGUGAGUGUGCAGAGCCGGAGCUGCACUCUGGGCCCAGCCUCCUGGGAGUACUGGGUGUGAUCCCCUGGUGAGAAUAAAUACAGCACUGCCUGCACAGCCAAGAUGAGCUCGUGCUCCAUGUUUGGAUGCGUGACGCAGAGAUGCCCAGCCCCGAGGUGGUGGUGAAGACAGCCACUCCGGUGAAAAAGAGCCAUGUGGAAGGGCUGAACAACAGCCUCCCCACCAAGUGCUCCAAAGUGCUGCACACUGGAGCUUGGAGAGAAGCAGCAGUAGCAGAACCUCUGGUAGGGAAUCCCGGUCAGGAGCAGGGCACCGUGUGCGACAGGUGACAGAGUAGAUAGGAGAGGUGCCUGGGGAUCUGUGUCACCCUGAACCCAAGCAGGAGUGUGCCACCCUCAUCCCCACCCUGGCCUUUCCUUUACUCUCCGACCCCCCAACCCAAAGAUCAGACUACUAUUAAGUGUCACAUGAUUGGAAUCCACAAAGCCGGGAGGCGAAUGGAGCGAUUUGAAUCAAUGGAAUUGCACUGACAGUGUUUCUUAUAGGAUUACAAAAUUUUUAGUAUAAAAGGAAGAUUUUUUUAAAAAAAUCAGGAGUCGAUAUUAAGUACCAGGACAUUAGUUUAGAUGAUUUCAUUUUCAUUUCUACAGUGUUAAAAGUGCACUUAUAUGCUGGUUUAUUUACGUCUUGGGGGAAAAAAAGAGACUGCAAAUUAAAGGGAUGAUUGUUACUUUUUGUUUAUUUGUUUUUUAAAAGGUUAAGGCAGAUUUUAAGACUUACAAAUGUUUAAGAAAUUAUAAACAAGGUUAGACCCUUUGAAAAAA